AUGUUUGUUUCCAGAAGGUGUUUCCAGAUUGCUCAAAAUUACAGAAACCAUGAUUGGUUGAGCGAACGGGCUAUAUUGGCUGCAAAAAACAUAGAUGUAAAUGAAUUAAAUUUCAAAAUUCAAGAACAAAUUACAGGCGAAUUGAGGAUAUAUAAAUCAAUUGAUUCGGCUACUAACCAAGAUGAUGUAGUCAACUAUCCGCCUGAAUUUUUAAACUCGCUGGAUUUACCAGGAUUGCCACUUCACAAUCUUCAAUUAAAGGUUGGAUCGGUAGUUAUAAUGUUGAGAAAUAUCAACCAAACCGCGUCUUUGCAACGGCACACGGUUAGCGAUAAAAAAAUUAUUGAACAACGUGAUAGAAGCAACUAUACUGAAAGGAAAGUAUAA